CCACAAUUCAACACAAACAAUGCCAAAACCACUACUAAUUGCCUUUCUAUACCUCCCCUUUGUACUACUACUAUUACUCUCUUCAACAAUCAAUGCCAACACCACACAACGGCGGCAGCAGCAGUUCAAAGAAGCUCCUCAGUAUUACAAUUCACCUGACUGUCCUUCCAUUCUAAACGACGCCGAAUCACAAUCUGAUUCCAUCUUCUGCUCCGAUGAGGCAGUCCACGUGGCGAUGACUCUCGACACCGCCUACAUUCGAGGCUCCAUGGCUGCGAUUCUUUCCAUUUUACAGCACUCCUCUUGCCCUCAAAACAUUGCUUUCCAUUUCGUCGCAUCGGCCUCCGCAAACGCCUCGCUCCUACGCGCCACCAUCUCAGCCUCGUUUCCUUACCUCAAAUUCAGAGUCUACACCUUCGAUGACUCGGCCGUCGCAAGACUCAUAUCUACCUCAAUCCGCUCUGCAUUGGACUGUCCUCUCAAUUACGCUCGCAGCUACUUCGCCGAAAUACUCCCUCUCUGCGUCCGCCGUGUCGUGUACCUGGACUCGGAUUUGGUCCUCGUCGACGACAUUGCGAAACUCGCCGCGACAGCACUCGGUGACGACUCGGUCCUGGCGGCGCCAGAGUACUGCAAUGCGAACUUCGAAUAUUACUUUACUCCAUCAUUCUGGUCGAAUCCGUCACUAUCGCUCACUUUCGCUGAUCGAAAAGCGUGCUAUUUCAACACGGGAGUUAUGGUCAUCGAUCUCGAUAGAUGGAGAGACGGUCAAUUCACGACGCGGAUCGAAGAAUGGAUGGAAUUGCAGAAGCGAAUGAGGAUCUACGAAUUAGGUUCCUUGCCGCCAUUUUUGCUGGUGUUUGCGGGGAAGAUAGUUCCGGUGGAUCACAGAUGGAACCAGCACGGUCUCGGUGGAGACAAUUUUAGGGGUCUGUGCAGGGAUUUGCAUCCAGGUCCGGUGAGUCUGUUACAUUGGAGUGGGAAAGGGAAGCCGUGGGCUCGGCUCGACGCGAACCGGCCAUGUCCACUUGACGCGCUUUGGGCUCCUUAUGAUCUGUUACAGACGCCGUUCAGUUUGGAUUCUUGAAUUGACUGACUGAGCCGGCGCCUCUUUCUGUAAAUGGAUUUUGAACAAGGGUGUUCAUAUAUAUAUAUAUAUAUUAAUUCAAGAAAAAUAUUGGGGAUUCUUGAAGUUCCAUCCUCGGAUUUAUGGUAAUUGUAUCAAAGUUUUGUAUAAAGAGCUAUUUUAGGGUGGAUUAAUUCAUGAGAAUCCUUGUAAAUUUGUUUAAUGAAAAUCAUAUUGUUUUGUAUAUAAUUUCAUGCUUUUACUCUUUUGAA